AUGAGUUCGGUGACAAUGGAAGAAUUUGAAGUUAUGAAAGAAGCCAAAUAUAGAUUAUAUGUCUCUGCAGUGGAUAAAGCACUUAAAGCAUUCGAAAAUACUAACGAAUGGGCCGAUCUCAUUUCGGCUCUAGGAAAAUUAAAUAAAGUGUUAAAAGACAAUCAAAAGUAUCCUAUAAUACCUAGAAGAAUUAAAAUAAGUAAAAGGUUGGCUCAGUGCACUCAUUUUGCUCUACCAUCUGGUGUUCAUUUAAAAGCCUUAGAAACUUAUGACACUAUAUUCAAAUGUAUGGGAACGAAUAGAUUAAGUCAUGAAUUAUUUAUUUACAGUGCAGGUCUUUUCCCAUUAUUCGGACAUUCAGCCAUGAAUGUAAAACCAUCGCUGCUUACCAUUUACGAAACUCAUUUUGUACCUUUAGGGCCCUGUUUGAGACCUGGGCUUUCUGGAUUUAUAAGUGGUGUUCUUCCCGGUUUGGAAGAGGGAUCUGAUCAUUUUGAUAGGACAAAUGCUUUGCUUCAUAAAGUUUGCGACGGAGUUGGAAAAGAAUUUUUUUAUAGUUGUUUAUGGGAAUGCGUUUGCAAUAAUUCAGCUGUGAGACUUCCAGCGAUUUCAUUUGUCCUUUCAAAUUUUAAUAGGAAAUAUUCAAUGGAAGAUCAGAAAUAUGUUUUGGGAAAUAAUGUUGAAGUUAUGGUUAAAGCUUUAUGUGCUGGAGUUCAAGAUUCAAACGUAUUGGUUCAAAGAAGUUCCUUGGAUUUACUCCUGAUUGGAUUUCCAUUACAUACCUAUUUACUAGAUGAAUCACUUUUAAUAAAUUUAGUAACAAGUGCUGUGACAACAGUUCUCAGGAGAGACAUGUCAUUGAAUAGAAGAUUAUAUUCGUGGCUUUUAGGUUCCGAUUUGAACGUUUCACAAUUAAGCAUGGAUCAUCCAUUUAUAAAAAAAUUAGAAACCAUUGGAGAAGUUUCACAAACAAGUUUAUAUUUUGAUACAUAUUCCAAAAAGAUAUUAGUAGAGGGUGUCAAAUCAGUUUUAAAGCAACAAAAUUUUCAAUGUCCAGAUAUUCGUCCGUAUCGAUUAUUAAUGUCACUUUUAGAUAAACAAGAUGUCGGACCCGUAAUCCUAGAUGAAAUCCUAUACGAAGUUUUCAGAACUUUAUAUUUGUCCUGUCGCGACGACAACAGGUUCAAUGGCGGCAAAUCAAAACAAGAAAUAUUAAAAUCCGCCAAUUUGCUAUUCAGUUCCCUCGAACCUUGGUACGUUUGGUUGUAUUUAGGGUCCCUAUUCGAUCAGGCUUGUAAAGUAAAUAUCGAAGAAUUGACGACGAUAUUGGAAAUUGAAAGUUCCGUCGUUGUGAAAUCCGUGGGAACGGGAUUUCCCAACAUUUGGGAAAUUUGCGAGUUGUGCGAAUUCCUCCUCGGUGUCGUUCCUCUCGAAGGAGGAACGGAUAAUUCGAGCCAAUUUUUAUUAAAUUUAAUUCUUCACAUCGUCAAUCAACUGACAAAUUACAUUUCGACGCUUUCUCCGCAACAAAUAGCCCGAUGUUUGAAAUUGUGCGCAUUGAUACUUUCGAAAAUUCAAAUUUUCGCCGAGAUAGAAAAAGUUUUAAAUAAAUCGGAAAUUAAAAAACCCCCCACGGAACUCAUCAAUGCGGGGGUCAUUCGUUCCAGAGUCGGAAACGAAAAAUCGGAAAAUGAAGAUUUACCCAAAGUUAGAGUGUAUUCGGACGAAACGAAAUCCGUCGUGUCGGCAGAAAUAAUGAAAUUUUCGUCCAUUUUUAAAAAUUUUUUAUCCAACUACGAGAUUUUUUACACGACGCUCCUGAGCGGAGGAAGAAUAUUACACGGUCAGUUCGUGACGUGCGCGUUUGAAAAUUUAAAAAGAAAUCCGGAUGGUGAAAGUGAAAAAGAUUAUGCGAAAAAGUUGAAAAAACUUUUGACAGCCGUCAUGAACGAGGAUUUUUCGUCGAACGAGUUCACAUCGUGGAAAAACAGUCCCGAAGAAGAAAAUUUGACUUUGGAAAUCGCAGCGGAUGGUAAUGAGAAAUGGGAAGAACCAUUUAAAAUCGCAUCGGAAAUAUUGGUCGAAUUGUCAUCUUUUCCAAUGAUGAACGCCGGCAGUGACAAAGAAAAUGUUGUUUUUUCUCCCUGCGUCAAAUUCGUUAUCAUUUGCGCGUGCAAGCUGGAUAAAACUCCAGUUCUUCAGCUUACGGCAAUAAAAACCUUGUUCGAUUUAGUAACGCUUUUAAAAUUAUCGUCGUCGGAAAUCGGGGUACUCGCCCUGAUAAAUCCUUAUCAAGUUGAUUACUUGGAGCAAAGUACUUAUGUUCUUGAGAUUUUGUCGAAAAUACUUUGGAAACAUUUGGGUGAUUUACCGUACGAUUUACAAGUUCGUUGCAUCGAACUCUUGUAUCAACUUCAUUCCUUCUUUCACUCGGAUGACUCUCUCGAACGCGUUUUGGGCGAAGCUUUGCUCAACGGUUCGGAAAGCGGUCGAGUCGAAGCACUUCACAGGUUCAUCAAACUCUGGCACGUCGGCCGUGAAAUUACAUUGAAAGAUAAACGUCAAAACAAACUAUUUCACAAAUGUCUUUUGAAAGUGUUGGAUAAUUUACUUUUGCCCGAGAACGUGCCUCUUAAAGUGGAAACUCAAACUUGUUUGGUUCAGUCUCUGAUAAAAGGGGAUUUGCCCCGAUUGUUGGAUCCCGUUUUGUUAAUGUUAUUGGAUCCUGCAACUGCGAGAAUGAGCAUUCUUCACGUGAGCAUUCAACAUUCGAACGUGGGAUCCGAGACUCAGGAAGAAAAUUCUCAAGUCGAUGAAAAUUACAGUAAAAUAUACGCGAUAAGUUCGGUUGAUGGAAACGUCAUAUAUCACGUUUCGAAUACUUUAAAUGAAAAAGAUAUGCUAUCAAAAAAAUUAAAAUGGAGGUGGAAAAAAAAUUCAAAGAUCCCAUCUAACAAUCAGCAAAGAAUAUUUGCCGUGACGAGUCUCAAGGAUCGCGGCGACAGCAGAUCGAGUUUCGUGACUAAAAAAAAUACCCAAAGAGAUAUCGAAUUACCUUCGACGUACGAUGGAAACAUAUCAGUUUUGGUCAAUCCGUUAUCACGAGGAUUCUCGGAUUACGACUUUAUCGGAGAUGAUUCUUCCGUGCAGAGCAGCUUGCCACCCUACGACUCGUUAAAAUCAUCCAAUUCGGAUCCGGAAGGGGAUGCCGAAAUAUUAGCCCGCCAACCGAGAGUCACUCUGGAAGUCACGACAACGUCCGAAACUCCAACGAGCGAUUUGAGGUUUUUCGGUCAUCUGAAAAACAAAUUGAUGGAUUUCAUGCAGGGAGAAUGCGACGAUUCUCAUUCGGCCAACGAGUAUUUUAACAAAAACGAAAAAGAAGAUGAUGUUAACAGUGAGACAAGUUUCGAAAUCGUUUCGAGUGUAUUGAAUUCGAUCGUGGACACCGUCGUGAAAACAUCGGAUGAUAACGAACUUCCCUCAGCCAAAUAUACGAAACCUGGAGUCGCUGUCCAUCCUUAUCACUCUCACAUUUUGCUUUAUUGCGGAGUUUACGAUUCUUGCAGGACGUUAUACGCUUUAAAUACUCUUAAAAAUAUCAUUUUGACGAAUUCAAGACUGUUUUUAUGCUGUUCGGCAUCUUCAGGAAUUGUGAAUGCGCCUUUUCCGUCCGAUCUAUUGGCUCUCCUUGCAAGGCAUAAAAAAUCGAUAUUCGGAAGGAAUUUUCACGGUGGCACAAAAUCUUUAAACGAGUACAUGAACAUUUAUAGAUCUAACAUGUAUUUGGAAAUUUUAGUUACCCUAUGCCUGAAUUUUGUCAGGAGUUAUUAUCCGAAUUUAGGAAUUUUGAAAUUGACCGCGGAAGAAAUAGCCGGAAAUCGACAGGUUCAACUCAUGAGCGUUGAAAUUUUAAUGCACAUUUGCAAUAAACUCAUACCCAUUGUUCGGGACAGUGGAAAAGGAUUUGCCAAUUACAUUGCGGACGUUUUAAAUCGCGGAAAAGUUCAAAGAACGGUUUUGUACUGCAUUAUGUCGAGUCUGUUGAGCAUUCACCGACAGCAAAAUUAUUUCAUGGAACAAAAAUCUUUCACCGAAGAAAUAUUAGAUUUCAAUGAUCCCGAUGAGAGCGGAGAAGGUGUCGCGGGAAUGACCGAACACGCUUCCGCUUUUCAAAUACAAUUGUUGAAGGUUUUGCAGGCUCUGGUCAUGUUGGAACAGCAAAUCGAAUGUCAAAAGACUGAUAACGUCGAUGGCGUGAAUUCCAAGGGUAAUUCCGUAGAAAACACGGAAUUGGAAUCGAAAUACUCGCCGGACUCUUCAAUUUCGAAUCAACCCAUGUUUAUAAAAUGCGUACUCACGGCUUUGUCUUUGAAAGGUAAAAUGCGAUGGCUCCACUACAACUGGACCGAAUUGAUAACAUCGUCUCUUCCGUAUUUAGGCACAGCUUUACCUCACAUUGUCAUGGUGACUGUUAAUCAAAUUUGUAGUAACAUUGAAGAACUAGCUGGUUUUUAUUCAAAUCGAAAAAGUGAAAAGGAUGAAAAUUUUCCUCCCGGUUACGCCGUGACUCAACUGGAAGCUUUAACCGUGCUCUGUCACUUUUGCAUUUUGGAUUCGAACCAACAAGUAUCGCCGCAACCAUUAUCACCGCUCAUCGGUUCGAGUCCUUCGGGAAUACCCGGGUCAAAUCCUGCGCAGAUAUUAAGUAACCUAGUUCACGUAUUCACGUCAAGUUCGCUUGUUCAGGAAUCGGGAAAGGGAAGGAAUCAACAACAAAUGGAAACGUUGGCGAGCGUGAGAAGGAAUCUUCUCGCUAAUAUGCCGAGAAUAAUAUCGAGCGUGGCUGCUCUGUGGCAAGCAGUCACCGAAUGCAUUGAUUGCGAUUUAGAAUUGUGCGUUUGGGGCAAUCCGAAAGUCGUCAAAAAUCAAAUAUUGGGAUUUUUAAGUCCGAUAUCACUUCAUCACGGUGCUAUAUUUGUUGCCGCCGUCGCGGUGACGUGGGAAGAAAGAAGAGGCGGGGAUCAAGGGAAAAAGGUACUACCCGUAGCAAGUCCAAAUCAAAUGGUAUUAGUCAAUUUAUUAAGUGCAAUAAAAGUAACACCGAUGGAUACUCUCGUUCAAACGGUUCAAUCCGUCGUCAAGCAACCUCCGGCCAUUCAGGGAACUUCUUCGAUCGUUUCACUCGACGUAAGCGUUUUAGAAUUAUUUUAUACUUACAUGCAAAUCAGUAGCAGUUCUCAGUUGGGAGAAAGUUGGAAUUCGCUGUUGUCUUUGUUGAGGGAUGGAAUUUUACUCGCUCCUCCUGCACUGUUUCUCAUGUUGGCCAUUUUAAAUGAAUUCGUACAAAAAUGUCCGCCGUUCGAUGAGAAAAAAAAUCAAAGAGAUUUACAAGAUGUUGCUGCAAAGUUGAUUGAAGUUUGUGGAAACGUGGCCGGAGCGUGUCUCGAACAUAAGACUUGGCUUAGAAGAAAUUUAGCCGUGAAAGAAGAUUUGGAAGUGACCGAAGAAGAAAACGAAGGUUCAAUGUCGGUUGCUCAACAACACAGCGUUCAAGCACAAUUAGUUUUAGCUCAAAUUUUAGCUCCGCUACUCGAUGUGAGUUACGGGAGUCAGGAAAAAGACAAAGUCGCGGCUCUUCUAACGAAUCUUAUGUAUAACAUAACGCCAUAUUUAAAAAGUCACUUACCUAAAAAUCUACCAAGUUUCGCCGCGUGUUCUCAACUCCUUUCGAACAUUAGCGGAUUUCAAUACACGCGAAAAGCAUGGAAGCGAGAAGUUUUCGAACUCCUACUGGAAUCAUCCUUGUUUCAAAUGAAUUUGGAAUGUUUAUCGUAUUGGACGAUAAUCAUCGAUAAUCUAAUGACUCACGAUAUUACAAGUUUUAGAGAUUUAAUGAAUAAAAUUUCAAUGUCUCAGGGAGGAUCGUACACUUUGUUUUCAUCUCGAGAACAAGAAUACGAGCAAAGAUCUCAAUUAUUGAAACGUUUAGCAUUCGUGAUAUUUUGCAGCGAAGCCGAUCAAUACCACAAAUUCAUGCCAAAUAUUCAAGAAAAAUUAUCGGAAAUUCUUCGGCUUCCCCAAGUCGUUCCAUCCGUUCAAGCUCAGGUAUUUUUGUGUUUUCGAAUUUUACUCCUUAGAAUGUCGUCGCACAACGUUAUUUCCCUUUGGCCCAUGGUCAUAAGCGAAAUGGUGCAAGUUUUUACUCUAGUCGAACAGGAAUUGUGCACUCAUUCGGAAGAAUUCAGUUCGCACAUAAAAUUAAUGUCUGCACUGGAUUCUUCAUGGGUUUCCAACAGUAACAACGGUCUUCACGCUCACGGACAUCCUCAUUGGUUGCAAUUAAUACUCGCAGCUUCUAAAUUAUUGGAUUUGGCCGUCCUGUUGCCGACUCAUCACCUUCCGCAAUUUCAAAUGUAUCGUUGGGCUUUCGUUUCCGACGUCGUCUCGUCGUCACCAUCGUGUACAAACGGGUCACCGAUGGAAAAUUCGACAAACGACGUGGAACGUGCAAACGGUCUCGAUUUCAUACCACACGUCAUGAGAAUUUGCCGAUUGAUGGAUGCAAAGUACGGGCCCCUGAAGGGAAGUCUGGAGGGUAAAGAGGGACGUUUACUUUUGGAAGAUGGCUACAUAGAUUCCCUACAACAACUUCAUUCGUUUUUUGCGACCGUGGGUUUGCGCACUCAAUCCUCGAACGUGGACAUGGAAGCCGUUGAAAAAAUAAUACUUAAAGAUUUUCUAGAAAAAAUUCCAUCGAAGGGAAAUCAUUGA